GUCUCCGGGUGCCUCUCACCCUCCUGCCCCAUAGAACCAGACUCAGAACCUAUUGAAGUGGGUGAAGAAGGGACGCAGGUGUCCCCAGGGCCUAGAUCCGUUGCAUGCUCAACAUUUGGGGCGUGAUCCUCUACCUGCGGCUGCCCUGGAUUACGGCCCAGGCAGGCAUCGUCCUGACCUGGAUCAUCAUCCUGUUGUCGGUCACGGUGACCUCCAUCACAGGCCUCUCCAUCUCGGCCAUCUCCACCAACGGCAAGGUCAAGUCAGGUGGCACCUACUUCCUCAUCUCCCGGAGUCUGGGCCCAGAGCUCGGGGGCUCCAUCGGCCUCAUUUUUGCUUUCGCCAACGCCGUGGGUGUGGCCAUGCACACUGUGGGCUUUGCAGAGACCGUGCGGGACCUGCUCCAGGAGUAUGGGACACCCAUCGUGGACCCCACUAAUGACAUCCGCAUCAUCGGCGUGGUCUCCGUCACUGUGCUGUUGGCCAUCUCCCUGGCUGGCAUGGAGUGGGAGUCCAAGGCCCAGGUGCUGUUCUUCCUUGUCAUCAUGGUCUCCUUUGCCAACUACUUGGUGGGGACGCUGAUCCCCCCAUCUGAGGACAAGGCCUCCAAAGGCUUCUUCAGCUACCGGGGGGACAUUUUUGUCCAGAACUUGGUGCCUGACUGGCGGGGCCCAGAUGGCACCUUCUUUGGAAUGUUCUCCAUCUUCUUCCCCUCAGCCACGGGCAUCCUCGCAGGGGCCAACAUCUCCGGUGACCUCAAGGACCCUGCCAUAGCCAUCCCCAAGGGGACCCUCAUGGCCAUUUUCUGGACCACCAUUUCUUACCUGGCCAUCUCAGCCACCAUUGGCUCCUGCGUGGUACGCGAUGCCUCUGGGGUCCUGAAUGACACGGUGACCCCCGGCUGGGGUGCCUGUGAGGGACUGGCCUGCGGCUAUGGCUGGAACUUCACUGAAUGCGCCCAGCAGCACAGCUGCCGCUAUGGCCUCAUCAACUAUUACCAGACUAUGAGCAUGGUGUCAGGCUUCGCGCCCCUGAUCACGGCCGGCAUUUUUGGGGCCACCCUCUCCUCUGCCCUGGCCUGCCUUGUCUCUGCUGCCAAAGUCUUCCAGUGCCUUUGCAAAGACCAGCUGUACCCACUGAUCGGCUUCUUCGGGAAAGGCUACGGCAAGAACAAGGAGCCCGUGCGCGGCUACCUGCUGGCCUAUGCCAUCGCCGUGGCCUUCAUCAUCAUCGCUGAGCUCAACACCAUAGCCCCCAUCAUUUCCAACUUCUUCCUCUGCUCCUAUGCCCUCAUCAACUUCAGCUGCUUCCAUGCCUCCAUCACCAACUCGCCUGGGUGGAGACCCUCAUUCCAAUACUACAACAAGUGGGCGGCGCUGUUCGGGGCUGUCAUCUCCGUGGUCAUCAUGUUCCUUCUCACCUGGUGGGCAGCCCUCAUCGCCAUCGGCGUGGUGCUCUUCCUCCUGCUCUAUGUGAUCUACAAGAAGCCAGAGGUAAAUUGGGGCUCCUCGGUACAGGCCGGCUCCUACAACCUGGCCCUGAGCUACUCAGUGGGCCUCAAUGAGGUAGAAGACCACAUCAAGAACUACCGCCCCCAGUGCCUGGUGCUCACAGGGCCCCCAAACUUCCGCCCAGCGCUGGUGGACUUUGUGGGCACCUUCACCCAGAACCUCAGCCUGAUGAUCUGUGGCCAUGUGCUCAUCGGACCCUCCAAGCAGAGGAUGCCUGAGCUCCGGCUCAUCGCCAGCGGGCACACCAAGUGGCUGAACAAGAGGAAGAUCAAGGCCUUCUACUCCGACGUCAUUGCCGAGGACCUCCGAAGCGGUGCCCAGAUUCUCAUGCAGGCCGCAGGUCUCGGGAGAAUGAAGCCCAAUAUUCUGGUGGUCGGGUUCAAGAAGAACUGGCAGUUGGCUCACCCAGCCACAGUGGAAGACUACAUUGGCAUCCUCCACGAUGCCUUUGAUUUUAACUAUGGCGUGUGUGUCAUGAGGAUGCGGGAGGGGCUCAACAUGUCCAGGAUGAUGCAGGCGCACAUUAACCCCGUGUUUGACCCAGCGGAGGACAGGAAGGAAGCCAGUGCCAGAGAUGCCAGGCCGUCAGUCUCUGGCAUGUUGGACCCCAAGGCUCUGGUGCUGGAGGAGCAGGCCAGCACCAUCUUCCAGUCGGAGCAGGGCAAGAAGACCAUCGACAUCUACUGGCUCUUUGACGACGGAGGUCUCACCCUCCUCAUUCCCUAUCUCCUCCACCGCAAGAAGAGGUGGAGCAAAUGCAGGAUCCGCGUGUUCGUGGGCGGCCAGAUUAACAGGAUGGACCAGGAGAGAAGGGCGAUGAUUUCUCUGCUGAGCAAGUUCCGACUGGGAUUCCAUGAAGUCCACAUCCUCCCUGACAUCAACCAGAACCCUCGGGCUGAGCACACCAAGAGGUUUGAGGACAUGAUUGCACCCUUCCGCCUGAAUGAUGGCUUCAAGGACGAGGCCACUGUCAACGAGAUGCGGCGGGACUGCCCCUGGAAGAUCUCAGAUGAGGAGAUUACGAAGAACAGAGUCAAGUCCCUUCGGCAGGUGAGGCUGAAUGAGAUUCUGCUGGAUUACUCCAGAGAUGCUGCUCUCAUCGUCAUCACUCUGCCCAUAGGGAGGAAGGGGAAGUGCCCAAGCUCGCUGUACAUGGCCUGGCUGGACACCCUCUCCCAGGACCUCAGACCUCCAGUCAUCCUGAUCCGAGGAAACCAGGAAAACGUGCUCACCUUUUACUGCCAGUAACUCCGGGCUUGGCCAUCCCUGUCCGCCACUGGGGGUGCGUGGGACGAGUUGGAACUCGACUGGCUGCAGUCCACAGGGAUGAGACUCAUGUUCUGUUGCACUUUAAGUGGUAGCAUCUGAUGAUCUCACCAAAAAAGAUGGUAGAUUUCCAAAUCUGGCUGGACUCUGCUUCCACCGGACACAUUCUCUGGGUUUUGUUUUUAUGGGCUGGAGAAACAGCAGAUGGAGCUGCAAGGAAAACUCUCUAAAGGAUCCUAUUCCUUUUAAAGGGUUUCUUUUGAUCUUGAUGACCAUUAAUUAAGAGUUCAGUCUUUGAUUUGUAUGCAAACAGGAGUCCCAAUGCUGGGUGUGAAUCUUGACAGUUUCUGCAGACCUUCCUGGGUGAAAGUUCCUAAGCCAUGCCUCCUUCCUCCAAUAGGACAAUGGGAGCCUCACCUGUGGGACCUACAGGUGCUCCAAGGAGGAAUGCAAGGCUCUCUCUGAGCCUCCACAGUGAGGCGAAUUUCUUUUCUUUUGUCUUUUCUUUUUCUUUUUUUUUUUUUGAGACCAAGUUUUUUUCUCUUGUUGCCCAGGCUGGAAUGCAACGGCACAUUCUUGGCUCACUGCAACCUCUGUCUCCCGGGUUCAAGUGUUUCUUCUGCCUCAGCCUCCCUGAGUAGCUGGGAUUACAGGUGUCCGCCACCAUGCCCGGCUAAUUUUUGUAUUUUUAGUGGAGAUGGGGUUUCACCAUAUUGGCCAGGCUGGUCUCAAACUCCUAACCUCAGAUGAUCCACCCGCCUUGGCCUCCCAAAGUGCAAGCCACCACACCCAGCCCAAGCAAAUUUCUUGAACUACUUCUCACUCCCAUCACUUUCAAUAAUGGGUCUUUGAUGUCUUCACUGGUUCUUUAGACCAGGGACUUUGCAAACUUUUUGGUUGCAACCCAUAGUAAGGAAUAUAUUUCACACUGAGACUUGCGACGCAUACACAUGGAAACAACAAAGACAAAAAUGUCACAAAACAAUACUUACCCUCCCCAUGGGGGAUGCCCUGCAGUAUGUUCUGUUCAAUUUAUUUUUCACUGUUGGCUGCAAUCCACUAAAAUGACUUUGGGAUCCACUCUUGGGUGGGGACAUUUGAAAACCACGGCUGCCCUUCUGUCAUGCCCUGCAUUUGUUCACACACAGGGAGUCCAGCUGAGCUGAGGAAAGGCUCACUCAGCCACAGCUGGGUGUCACUGCUAUUUUCCCAGCUCAUCUCACGGGGAAGAAAAGCAAAUUGACACAACACGUGAAGAGGGAUACUGAUGACAGGAGAGUCAAAAAAGAGUUUUAAAGAAGGAGAAAGGUUGAAGAAGUCUAGUGGCAAGGGGUAAGAUUUCAGGCAUGGUUAACCACGGAGGACAAGGAUAUCAGGAAUGGGGACGUGGAGAGGGGUGUAGACGUGGCGAGGUUGGUAAGGAUCAGAAAGGCAGGAGCAGGUCCAAGCCCAGCCCCAGGUUGGGUGAAAGGAGAGGGGAGGAGGAGCCACCUGCAAGAGAUGGAAAGAGCAGGUGGCAGAGGGCACUGGCAGGGAGGGGCUGUUAAGAGUCGGGUUGGAGGUGGGACAGAAGCUGGGACAAGGGAGAUGGAGAGUGGACUACACCUGGCUGGGGGAAGGCAUUCAGGCCACUACACCUUGAACAUCCCCAGGGUUUGAUCCCCCAAAGCUAGGGUGCAAGAGCACUGCCAUCAAAUGCCAGUGGGUGAGGCCCAGUGAGAGGGUACUUGCAGCUCUAAACAUAAUCGAGCAGCGUAAAGGUGAGUCAUUUGGUGGCACCACUGCCUGUGCCUACUUCCUGUGUGGCGCUGGGGUGGCUGAAGGAACAGACAUCUUUAGGUUUCGUCAGCCUCCUGCAAGAGCUAUAUCCACUGCAUGCGCCUACACUUUAGACUUCAGAAGGAGACUAAAGACUUCUAGAAUUUCAAAGGACAGCUGAAGUCUCCUUUUUGGAGUUAGGACCCAAAGGACGUUAGCAUUUCUCAGUUCACCCCACUGCAAAGUCCAGAAGGCUUGGACUUCCCACUGUCCUUUGACUGCCUCAGGGCUUGCUGUGAGGGACUGGGAACUGGCUGUGCUCACUAGGAACAGCUCCCCUGCUCCCAAGGGACCUGGAGAAUGGGCCUGCCUCCAAAGCAUUGCGCUAGACCCUGGGAUAAUCCCCAACUCCAGAUAAGGGGAAGCCUCCAUCAGGGAAUAUUGGCCUUUCUAGAGCCACAUGGAAAACAAUUUUCUGAUUCUUCAAACCUCAAGGAGUCCUUGGUCCAAAAAAAAAAAAAAAAAAAAAGAAUAUUUUGACUUUGGGUGUUGUAAAAAAAAACAAAAACAAAAAUUUCACGAUGUUAGAAAUAGUAUAUUUUUAAUAAUAAUAAUAGCUUUGUAAUAACAAAAAAGAAGCUUUACCAGUGAGGCCAUACACAAUGGAAUGAAUAAAAACUACGGUCACUCAGUCAACAGAACUUAUUUGUUCUGGAACACACUGUUUUUCAACUCUGCUGAGUGUUUUGAUAAAAAUUAACUACUGUUUUUCCAACCCCGGAUUGAACUUUUCUCAGAGCCUCUACUGGUUCUGCGGGUCAUAGAGCCAGGUUUCGACAUAAAUAUUCAUAGGGGCCAUUUAUUUUCCCUUUGAUUCUCUUCCACGCAUUUGCAGACUCGUGGGGAACCAUUUUUGUCAGCCUUUCUCAAAGUCUCCCAGCAUUUCCCAUCUUGCCUCACACAGAGAGGUAACAGGUUGAGUGGAAGCAGCCAUGGCAAGGCCACCAGGAGACUGGGAUUUGAGUUUCAGUGUCUCCCCGAAACUGGCUGUAUGACCCCAGAUAUGCCCCUUCACCUCUCUGGGAGGCCUCCAGUCUAUCAAAUGAAAAAAUUGGAUCAGAACAGGUGUCACCAGCCAGCUGACCCAACAGUGACUGGUUUGGCCCGGGAGUAGGUGACAACACUUGUGACUACAUCCGGAGGUGGAGGUUAAGGGGAAGGGGUACACAUUCCUUGCUCACCCCCAACCCACUGCCCUUCCCAGCCCACCACUUCCUACUCCCCUGUGGUGUGAGCCUUUGGAUCCAGGGAUUUCGAAUUUCUCUAGGUCACUGUUUGGCCUAUUAGGGUAAGAGAUAUAGUGUCAUGCUGCAUCUCUUUCUCUGCCUUUCGAUGACAAAGUACCUCCCACUGAGGAGUUCGUGUGGUAGGAAGUACUAUCCAUGAAGCCUUCCCUUCCUCUGUGCCAGCAGAUGAGGGAACCAUCAGGGCCCAGGGCCAGCCUCAGCUCCAGCGGCAGCCCCAGCAGAGGCUCCUCCUGUCUGUUCCCUGGGAUCCACUGCCCAGUUAGCCCAGUUAGCCCAGUUUUCCCCUCAGCAUUUCAGCCUCCAGAUUUAGCAUCCUCCCUCAGUGCCUGCACAGACUUGCUAUGGCUUUGAAGUAAGUACAGUACCACCUAUUUUUCACCCAACGGGCUCUCUGGGCUCUGCUUACCCAGGCAGAAAGCUGUGGGCCUCCUUAACACAUGGAGAGUCCCAGUGUGGACUGAAUUCCCUUUUAGACCCCUGCCUGGACUGUCUAGAGUGGUGAGAAGAAGGAGGGUUCACAGGGAUGAAAUCAGCUGGAAUGUUCCAGAAGAACCACCUGACCAGGCACAUGCAAAGCAGCCAGGUUUGGUUCAUAGCAUGUAGAGAGCUCAGGAUGUCAGGGAAAAGACGCUGCCAACUCCCAGAAUGUUCAGAGAAGUGCGGCCCAGGAAAGCCCAGCCACCGGCUUCGCUGGUAAUUCCCCACUUGAAGUGAGGUUUCAUCCCAUGACAAAAAGCAAAAAUACAAAAAAAAAAAA